UUGGUAAUUUGUUUAUAAGAAAAGGUACAAUAAUAAGUUUUUGCAUUUCAUUAUUUUUUUUCAAUUCGGGAUUUUUUUCAACUUGACCACAGUAAUUCUAUAAACAAAACGGAAAGUAUUGGGAUGAUGGUGAGCAUAAAUUAUAGAUAGUGAGGUUAUAGCGGUUAUAAGAAAAAUAUUGGUUAAUAUUCGGUCUUGUACAAAUAAUUUAAAAUCAUAUUAUUUUGAGGUAUAACUAUUUUAAACCAAUUGUAGUUUAAAAUAUAUCAGAAGUAUGUUUAAUAGAGCAAGAGUUUUGUACAAGUGUGCAAGUCUUUUAAAGAAUUCAAAUCAUGUAGCAAAUACAAAUGUUUAUUUUCAAUUCCUGCCACUACGUCAUCGUUCUUCAACUCCAAUUAAUACUGUUUUAAUGUUUGUACCUCAGCAAGAGGCUUGGAUUGUAGAACGUAUGGGCAAGUUUGAUCGUAUAUUAGAACCAGGUUUAAACAUUUUAGUUCCAAUUAUUGAUAAAGUUAAAUAUGUUCAAAGUUUAAAAGAAAUAGCAAUUGACGUUCCAAAACAAAGUGCUAUUACAUCAGAUAAUGUUACAUUAAGUAUAGAUGGUGUGCUAUAUUUAAGAAUAAUUGAUCCUUAUUUAGCAAGUUAUGGGGUUGAAGAUCCUGAAUUUGCUAUUACACAGCUUGCACAAACAACUAUGAGAUCAGAAUUGGGAAAAAUUUCUUUAGAUAAAGUAUUUAGGGAAAGGGAAAAUUUGAAUGUAUCUAUAGUUGAAGCUAUAAAUAAGGCUAGUGAAGCAUGGGGAAUCACUUGCCUUCGAUAUGAAAUAAGAGAUAUUAAAUUGCCUGGAAGAGUUCAAGAAGCAAUGCAAAUGCAAGUAGAAGCUGAACGAAAGAAAAGGGCUGCAAUUUUAGAGUCUGAGGGAGUACGGGAAGCUGAUAUCAAUGUUGCAGAAGGAAAACGAAAAGCCAGGAUAUUGGCAUCAGAAGCAGAACGUCAGGAACAGAUAAAUAAAGCAGCUGGUGAAGCUGCAGGAAUUAUUGCAAUUGCCGAUGCUAGGGCAAACAGUUUAAAAGUUAUAGCUAAAGCUUUGGAUGAACACCGAGGUCAAAAUGCAGCUUCCUUAACUAUUGCAGAACAGUAUGUACAAGCUUUCAAUAAAUUAGCAAGGGUAAAUAACACUCUUAUUUUGCCUGCAAACGCUGGAGAUAUUUCGAGUAUGGUAGCACAGGCAAUGUCAAUUUAUGGAAAACUCUCAAAUUCAAAUUCAGACCACAAUAUUGAAGCCCUCAACCAAAAUAUUAAUUUUGAAAAUACGUCUAGGAAAUAUUCCGCAAAAUCAUCACACAAAGACGACUUUGCAGAAUAUUUUAGUGAUGAUGAAGACCUUGCCAGACACUCGAAAACUGAAAACGAAAAGCCACAACUUCAACUAAAAUAAAAUCAUUUUGUCAGCUUGUAAAGUUUUUUUACAUAAGUAUAUAUAUAUUGUUUCUAUAAAUAAGGCAAAUACAUUACUGGACAGUUCUAA